AUGCGCGCGCUCACUGCGGCCUUGGGGGCGGGCAGGGAGCUCUCCGUGCUGGCCUCGGCGCAGUCCGCGGGGCUCGCGCGCCUGUUUGCGGCCAUGCCGCUCCGGGAAGAGCGCGACGAGUCUGAGGAGGCUGCACGUGCCCGCCGGCUCGCCGAGUGGGACAAGGGGCGCGAGGGCGGCGCGCGGCAGCUCGAGCAGCGGUCGACAACGGCCUCCGUGCCGAAAGAGCGGGCGAACCUCGCAGGGAACCCCACGCACUGGAGGAGCCUCGUGGCCAUCGCGCGGGACCGCUACGGCGCGGCCAUGGAGCGCGACCAGGUGCUGCAGGACUCGUUUGGGCGCCAACACACCUACUUGAGGAUUUCUCUCACGGAGAAGUGCAACCUGCGAUGCACGUACUGCAUGCCGCCGGAGGGCGUCGACCUGACGCCGAAGCCGCAGCUCAUGUCGACAGACGAGGUGGUGCGCGUGGCGUCGCUGUUCGCGGAGGGCGGCGUCAGCAAGGUCCGGCUGACCGGGGGGGAGCCCACGCUGCGCAAGGACCUGGUCGACAUCGUGUCGCGCACGGCGGCGCUCCCGGGCAUCGAGGACGUCGGCAUCACCACGAACGGCAUCGUCCUGGGCCGCAACCUGGACCAGCUCGUCGACGCCGGCAUGACGUCGGUGAACAUCUCGCUCGACACCCUCCAGCCCGACAGGUUCGCGCGGCUGACGCGGCGGAAGGGCCUCGAGCGCGUUCUCGACGUCGCGCGCCGCGCGGCCGCGAUGAAGGGCCGGCCGCGCGCGACGGGCGCCCCGGGGCUGCGGCAGGUGAAGCUCAACGUGGUGGUGAUGCGCGGCACGAACGACGACGAGCUCGGGGCGUUCGUGGACCUGACGCGCGACGCGGACAUCAACGUGCGGUUCAUCGAGUGGAUGCCGUUCGACGGGAACGCGUGGGACCACGGCAAGAUGAUGCCGUACCGCGACAUGGUGGCGGCCGUGGAGGCGCACACGGGCGCGACGCUGCGGCGCGAGCGGGACCCGUACGGAGAGGUCGCGAAGAACUUCCGGCUGCCGGGGCACCGCGGGAGCGUGUCGUUCGUGACCAGCAUGACGGAGCACUUUUGCCACGAGUGCACGCGGCUGCGCGUGAUGGCGGACGGGAACCUCAAGGUGUGCCUGUUCGGGCACAACGAGGUGUCGCUGCGGGACGCGAUGCGCGAGGGCGCCACGGACGACGACCUGCGGUACGUCCUGUCGGCCGCGGUCGACCGGAAGCGUGCGCGCCACGCGGGGAUGUUUGAGAUCGCGCGGCAGUCGGCCAACGGCCGCGCCAUGGUGAAGAUCGGCGGGUGA